UUAACAUCUGUCAGUUGUCAGCUGGAUAGAUGAUCAGCUGGUCGCAUUAUGUCUCCGGUUGGUUUUGAUUAAAAAAUGUUGUAUUUUUAAAUAAACAAUGAUUGUAAUUUAUCUAGUCAUGUAAUAAUAGAAUCUAUUUGUGGUGUCAGUAGAUUUAGUGUAGUUUUAUUAAAAAUGGUUUCCAUAAUAAAAAACCAACUGUUGAAGCAUUUAUCAAGAUUUACCAAAAACCUAUCUGCCGAUAAAAUAAAUCUAAGCACAUUUAAAGGAGAAGGCGAAUUAAAAAAUUUGGAAUUAAAUGAAGAAGUACUUACAGAUUUACUUGAGCUUCCUUCAUGGCUAAGACUUACAAAAGCUCGAUCAAAUAAAGUUUCUUUUAGAGUUCAAUGGACUAAGUUAAAAAGCGUUCCAAUAGUUCUGAGCUUAGAUGAAGUAAAUAUAACAGUAGAAACAUGUGAGGAAUUAAGACCUAUGUCACCUCAAGCAGGAUUAUCUUCAUAUGCUGCAGUCCCAGGCAAAUAUAGUUUUAUUCAUAAAGUGAUUGAUGGCAUCACAGUAACUGUUAAUACAGUAAAUAUUGUGUUCAACAGUCCAGCGUUUACUGCUACUGUACAGGUUUCAAGAAUAUUGCUAGAGUCGAGGGAUCCUAAAUGGCGCAAAUGCGAUUUGAGAAUGUCUCGCCUAAAAGAGCCUGACAAAGGUCAGCUCCUUAUUUUUAAGGAAUUAACAUGGCAAACUGUUAGGAUCGAGGCUAAAUCUACAAAGGACAGCAACUUAACUCCCAUUAGAUUGCUAACUAAUCAGGCGUGGUGUAGAAUUACUAUUAAGAAAAGACUGGCAGAUUGUUUUAUUAUCGGUUCUCGCAUGGUUGUGAUAUUAGAUGACCUGUUGUGGGUCUUAACUGACUCACAACUAAAAGCCGCCUUGAAAUUCGUUGAUUCUUUGGCUGGACUAGUUCAGAAAUCUACACUUUUAGCAAGAAAAGUUAAGGCAGCUCGUAAACUAGAGGAGCUUCCAGAAUAUCAGGCUCAAGUUGCACAGCAGUCCAAGUCUCAUAUUGGUCACUCAAACGCAGCAAAAGUCUUCUCAAAAUUUGACGUAGUUGAAACCUCAUAUCAUUUUGUUACCCAGCAUAUUGUUUUACAUCUGUGUGAUGAUGUGGGGGAUGGUCGUUCUUGUCAUCCACAUUUUAAAGAGGGUGGUGCAUUACAAAUAACUGUUAACAAGUUUAAAGUUGAUUAUUAUCCGUACCAUUUAGCAAAAAGUGAUCGCAAACACUGGCCUGGUUAUAGGGAAGAAGUUACCCCUCAUGUGCAGUGGUUUAUUGAAGCUAUGUCGAAGUUUCGAACGGAAUUACUUGACCUUGUGGGGCGAAAUAAGACACAACAUACUCCUUUGAGCAGAUCUGCUAAGCCAAAUGAUCAGGGCCCAGAAGGUUGGACAGUAGUGCAUUCUGAACCCAAAGCAAAUCAACUAAGAGACCACUUAUUAUUUGAACUCAGCAAACUUAUGACUUCGUGUAUGAUCGUUAGAUUGGACGAUUUCACCAUUUAUAAAGUUACCACGCCCACAAAAAGGCCUGAACUAAAAGUGUUCAUUUCAGUCCAGUCUAAAAGGAAGGAAAAAAAUGCAGGUGACAAAGACAGGAUAUCUUUACCAGAAAAUUCUAACAUACUUCAUGCGGAAUUUAUUUACUUCUACUAUCCUAGUGAUACUGCUUUUCCUCUACCUCCCCCGAAAUUUUACGUUCAUGCCAAUCCCAUUCAAAUCUAUUUUGAUGUGGAUACAUGCUUAUGGUUGAAUUCUUUUGGUCUUACUCUCUAUCAAUCUUUGCUCUCUUCCAAACAACAGGCUUCGAGCUCAGAUAUAACGUACGUUGAUGUCAAAAUCGAAGCGAUUUUACCAAAAAUAAUUUUCGAAAGUGCAGCGGAAUAUCCUAAUCAGAGAGAUAGACCAAAAUCUUUACAUUUUAACGUAACAAGAGCUACAAUUACAAAUGUUCGCAAUUUACAGCAGUCAUCCAGAGCCGAUUUGGCCAAAUGUGUCGAAUCAUUUCAUUCAGGUUCUUUAUUUUUUGGAUCUGAUUUUCCUUCAAAAUCCGGCGACUUCUAUUUAGUAACUCAAAAAUUUCUUGAUCAUAUUACUACAAACGAUAACGUAAGAAAUACGCCUGAAGAAAUGACCUAUUCUUCAGUAAAUGCCUUGAUGGAGCUUUUAUCGAGAGAAUUGUUCUGGCGAGAUGCAAAAGAUGUAUGGAACAUUCAUUUGGAACCCGUUUGGGGCGACUUUUUGGGCGCAAAAGCGGUGGGCAGUAAUAAGCCGGUGCCAUUUUUGGACACCGUUCCUGUUACCAUUUGGCUUCACACUUGUAUGGACCCAAAUUCGACUGUAAAGUCCGAAGAGAACAAUGGUGCAAAACAUGCUGACAUCCAUGCGUUGACUUACAUAUCAACACUUAUUAGUGUUCAACUCAAUCAUUAUCAAUAUCUUUUUCUGUUGAGAUUGGCCGAAGAAGUUGCCGAAAUGACGACAUUUUUAUCCCUCGAUUCUAACAAGAUCAUGAAGACUGAUAGUAUGGGUUCUUUAAUCGUUGGUGCUGUUAUUCCACAAGUGGAAGUGACUUUUGUAAUGCCUUCACAAUGUCCAGGGAAAGAAUCGUCAGGUGGCGAUGUUGAAUCGUUUGUUCCUGAUUCGUCUAGUAUUCCUGAUGACAUGCCAUUUCAAGGAUCUUCUGCGACAAUUUUCCCACAUAGGGAUCUUACGAUCUUGGAAAAUGAGUAUAAGGAGCGAGUCCCAAACGGUGUUGGUAAUAGAAGUAUAGGGAAAAUGAAAAUGAAUAUCAAUAUGAAAGGAAUUCGUCCUGACUAUUUUAAUAAUUCGAAGAGUGAUAUAGCAGAACCUCAAAUGGACACUGGUAGCUACGUUAAUCCCAUAACAACCCCUACCACAACUCGUUAUCAGGGAUCAAUCAAUAGCAGUACAAAGAUAUCAGAAAAUUUUAAUGCGGUAGUCGGCCCAUUAGGAUUUUCAUCAAUGAAAAAGAGUUUAAAAAGUAUGAUAGAAAGUACCAUGAAGCCAAGUAUGGACGAUGCAAGCGAGACAAUGUCGAUCAAGAGCGAUGUAUCGAGCGAUUCAGAUAAUUUAGAGGUAAUUAGUGUUGUUGGAAGAGAAUUAGAAAUCGAAGAUGCAAUGUUCUAUGUCGAUCGUUUUGAAGAGAACAAGCAGAUUGAAGUGGCCAGUGAAGUUGAAGAGGACAGUUUAACAACUAUCAGUGAACGAUCUUAUACCAGUAGUUACAGGAGAAGAGAUUUGGUUUCAGUAGCAACGUUUAAGUUAAAUAAGGUCGAGUUUAUUCAGCAGUCGAACGGUUUUUCAUCGAGUAUCAAAGUACAAGUGGGAAACAUGUCCAGUGACGAGUGCUCGUCGAUACCCUGGGACGAGUUUCAAACGAAAUUUAACUCGAGAACGAAAGUAUGGUCCGAAAUAUUUUCAAAUCGCCCUGGCUUGGCCAGAAUCAAGCUUAGACUGGAUCAUACAUUAAAAAUUGAUCCUGACCCGGUCGAAAUAGCAAAGCUUGACUUCUCAGACAAAGACAUUCAACGUAAACUGUUCGAUGAUUUUCUAAGCGUUCAAGCCAACGGUUUAAAUCUUACCCUGUGCAUGAGCGUGGUAACUGGUUUGGCUGACUUUUUCGAAGACGAAAUAUACCCCAUACCACUGCCGAUGGUGGUUUCCUUAAAAAAUAUAGCGUUACAUUUGAACGAAGAUAGGCCUCCAACGAAUAUAACUUCGCCUGGACCUAUUCCCAUCGACCUAAAUAUAACUGAAUUGUUUAUUAAAAGAAACGAAGAUGGUGUGUUCCACAUCGAACCAAUGAAAAUUAACAAGGAAAACGAAAAUGCUUCAAUAAGUAAUGAAGUCGAAUCUCUUCGAUCGAUAGUGCAAGAGUUACAAUUAGAAAACAAGGACUUAAGACGUCAUAUGGAAACGUUCGAGCAAGUAUCAAAAGAAAAUAUGGAUCUACAUAGAUAUAAAGAAGAAUAUGAAAGCAUGCGUCAUGCCCUUAUUAUGGCCGAAAGCAAAGUAACGGAGAUGGACGAAAAGUAUACAAAGUUGUUAGCGUUUAUAAGUCCGGAAUGUUCCCAGUGUGACGGAAACAGAUAGCAAUGUUGCUUCCGGUGUACCUUUUGCUGUUAUAACAGAAAGAUUUCUUAGGUCGACAGUCCCUAGUCUUUUAAGUACAGUAGAAAGGAACCGCUUUACGAAGUUUAUACAUAUUAUACAUAUACUAUAUUAUACAUAUGCAUACGAUAUACAUAAAACAUACAUAAUAGAUGUACUUAUUUACAGGGUGAUUUAAGUUUAAGAUUAUAGUAUGAUAUUAAUAAUAAAUAACUAUUACAAUUACACGAAAGUAUAUAUUUAUAAAUUAAACUCAAGAAAUUUUUAAUAUGGUUGAUUUUAAAGAAGCCAAAUAAUGACUUGUAUUGGCUAUUAAUGAUUUCGGUUCGUAAAUGUAAUACAAAAGUUAAUUUCUGUGUUCUUUCCUUUUAGAAACAAUGUAUCGCUUUAAAUCACCCUGUAAAGUUUAGCUAGAGGGGAAAAAUUGACAUAAACCAUGCGUAGAGAAAAACUAACAAAGAGACUGAUUACUGAAAAAUAUUUUCAUGCAACAAAAUAUGCAGGACAAGACGUGAUUUGGAACCUUUUCUUUUUGUUUAUUUUCAAUAAUUUUUUGUCAUAAAAAUUUUUUUACUCAAACAAUUACGAAAAUUAUUGUAGAUACGCUCCAUAGUUUAAAUAUUUUUUAUAAUAUUGAGUGUUCAUGUUUUUGUUGUUGAUUUUAUCGAAAAUUUCUGUUCGUUAUUACUUAUAUAGUUAGUGUUAAAGUGGGUAAAAAUUUUUAGCAAAUUUUCUAAUAGUUAACUAUAAUUAAGAUGAAAUAAUUUAAAUUUGUAGGAAUUAUUAAAUUUAAUCCUUUUCCUAUGUAAAUAAACGAAAAAACUCUAUUUCAUAUAUUACUUCCUUUUGAAAAUUAUAGUUGUAAAGGCAUGAGAAUUGAAUGAGAUUGUUUCCUACAAAUAAACAAUAAUUCCAAAGAUAA